UGACUUGACUUUCGCAUCGGAUUUAUUUUCACACCAAAUUAGCAGCUGUGUAUCUCGGGGUGCAGCUUCUCCAUUUGAGGGAGAACUGGAUGAAAAUCUGACAGAAAAUACGUCGCGUGUCUGUUCAUCUAUGCCGCUAAAAGAUCAAUCAAACUCAACCGCCAUGAAACCAGCAGUGGACGAGAUGUUUCCUGAAGGAGCUGGACCGUACGUGGACCUGGAUGAGGCUGGGGGAAGCACAGGACUGCUGAUGGACCUGGCUGCCAAUGAAAAGGCAGUUCAUGCAGACUUCUUCAAUGAUUUUGAAGAUCUGUUUGAUGACGAUGACAUACAGUGAAAGACUAACAUCUCCUCAGAGGAAUGAUGGAUGAUAUUCACACAACUCCACACCACUUCUUUUUUUUGUGGAAAGCAAACCAGCCAUUUACUGUCUAAUGAUAUACAAUUUCCUUUCAUAGUUGUCCUAGUUUCAGGCUUUUUAAAACAUCUUUAAAAAGUCAUCACUGGCUCCAGAUGUUGUGAAAUUCUUAAGAUCCCAGGGAUUCCUUCAUAUGUGGCAUGUUAAAAUUAUGAGCUUGUAUCGCGCUCAUGUCUUCGACUGCUUCUAAACUGGAUUGCAGGUUUCAGUGUGCUGGAGAACACCUGUUGGGAACGUAAUUAUAACAUAUGAUGGGCAGAGGCUCCAUAUGCUGUCGCCCUUAAACAUGCUGCAGAUGGUAUAUGAUAAAUGAUGGUCUGCUGAAAUUGCUUAGACUAUUUGUAUGACAGUGUGUGAUAGUCACAUAUGUUCUAUGUGUUUGGUUUUAUGACAGUGUUUCCUGUUACAUCAUGAAUUUGUACAUAUGUGUACAGUAGGUCUGCAACCAUUCCUGUACUUUUGUGAUGGAAGUCUGUAUGUGACUGGUUGAACCUAAGUAAAUAGCACUUUGUAUUUAUGGA